AUGGGAAAUCGAAUGACACAGCCGACGCAUAAACGCGAGAAGCCGACGCAUGCGACGAUGAAGGUUUCGAUGAAGCGAAUUAACAAAACUCUUGAGAACGCCAACAAGCUUCCGACAGUGGCUCCUCGACGUCAAUGUCUUGUGAGAUUGCUGAAAAUGAACCGCAUACACGACUAUUUGCAGUUGGAGAAGGAAUUCAUUAAUCGACAGAACACACUUCGACCAAUCGCUGUUCAGAAGAGGAAUGAGCAGAAGAUUGUGCAGCAAUUGAGAGGAAGUCCGGUGUCACUCGCCAGAAUUCACGAGUUGUUCGAGGAUGAAAAGCACGCUGUUGUCGUUGUCGAAGGAUCGAAAAGAGAAUGGUACGUUCCGAUUCUCUCGAUUGUCGACAAGGAUCUGCUUCGCCUCAACGCUCUCGUCAUGGUGAAAGCCGGAGGAAUGUUCAAGACAGUUCCGACGGCGGUCGUCGGUGUUCUCGACGACAAAGUCGACAGCAAUGCGAUGGGACAUAAGGUGGAAAAGGCGCCGAAGGAGACGUUCGACGACAUCGGAGGAUGCGAAUCGCAAAUUCAGGAAAUCAAAGAAUCUGUUGAAUUGCCGCUGAUCCAUCCCGAAUACUAUGAGGAAAUGGGAAUUACUGCGCCGAAGGGUGUCAUUUUGUAUGGCGAACCGGGAACCGGCAAAACGCUGCUCGCCAAGGCGGUGGCGAACUCGACGAGCGCCACUUUUAUCCGUGCGACCGGCUCGGAUUUGGUGCAGAAAAAUAGUGGCGAUGGCGCCAAAUUGGUGCGACAAUUGUUCCAGAUGGCCAAAGAAUGCGCACCGUCGAUUGUAUUCCUGGAUGAGAUCGAUGCUGUCGGAACGAAGCGAUUCGACACAUCGUCGCGUGGAGAGCAAGAAGUUCAGCGAACACUUCUCGAGCUUCUCAAUCAGCUGGACGGAUUCGAAAGUCGCGGAGACGUGAAAGUGAUUCUUGCAACUAACCGAAUUGACUCGCUAGACCCCGCACUGAUUCGGCCGGGACGAAUUGAUCGGAAAAUCGAGUUUCCGAAACCGGACGAAAAGACGAGGUCUAAAAUAUUCCAGAUUCAUACAAGCGGCAUGAAUCUGGCGAAGAAUGUGACGUAUGAGUCGGUGCUCAGCAAGGAGAAGAGCAUCAGUGGAGCCGAAAUCAAGGCGGUUUGCACUGAGGCUGGAAUGUUGGCCCUUCGCGGACAGCGCAAAUGUGUAGCCCAAGAUGAUUUUGACAAGGCUAUUAAAAAUGUGCUUCUUUCGAAGAAGGCUGGAGCACCCGAAGAGUUUUACACUUAG